CCGCCACCAGAUGUCACUUAAAACCAAAAUGGCGACAGUCUAACAAUCAGCUCCCAAGUGCUGAGUUUUAAAACAACAACUACCCAGUAUUUAUCAUCACACAUUAAACCGUGAAUGGAAAACUAAUCAGACAGAGUGAUUUGUCGCAGGACAAUGGAAUCAUUUCUGGCACUUUUUGACACUGAGGACGUAAAGUCCAAAAAAUGGGACAAGUUUAAUGGAAACACUGACGUGGAAAGUAUGAAAACCGAAGACGACUUAGACUUGGACUGUCUGCCUCCAGAACCCGAGCAGGGGAAUAUUGAGUAUAAAUUGAAGUUAGUUAAUCCCUCGUGCCAGCGGUUCGAGCACCUUGUUACGCAGAUGAAGUGGCGGCUCAAGGAAGGACAUGGUGAAGCUAUUUAUCAAAUUGGCGUUGAAGACAACGGCAAACUAACAGGCCUGUCCCGAGACGAAAUGAAAGCUUCCUUAAAAACCCUGCGAGACAUGGCGUCGCGCCUUGGCGCGACGACCCGAGUGCUCCGCGAGCGCUCUGCCGGGCCUCAAUCAAAGCUCUCACCUCCCCCGGAGCGGCGAGUCGCAGAAGUGAUAGUAAAAAAGUUUCGCAAAGGCGAUAGAGAGGGCCAGGACAUAACUGACCUUCGCUUAGCAGUCGUAGGCUCUCAAGACGCGGGUAAGUCAACGCUCCUAGGAGUCCUGACCCAAGGAGAGCUUGACAACGGGCGCGGAAGGGCGAGACUUAACAUGCUGCGCCAUCUACACGAGAUCCGCAGCGGCAGAACUUCCUCGAUCUCCCACGAGAUCAUUGGCUUUGCUCAGGACGGUCAUGUGUUAAAUUACGCGGAAAUGACAACCGCGGAGGAAAUUUGCGAACAUGCUAGUAAAGUAGUGACCUUCAUUGACCUCGCAGGGCACCGGAAGUAUCUCAGGACAACGCUAUUGGGUCUGAUGGGGUACUCUCCUCAUCAUGUGAUGCUAGUAGUAGCUCCGCCCCUUAAUGAAGCUGCCCAGGAGCACAUGGCGCUGUGUCUCGCUCUCAGGCUGCCGUUUUUUAUCGUUGUUACUAAAAUCGACCUUGGGUUCUCCAAACGGCUGACUUUGGAACAGCUAGAGGGCGCUGUCAGGGCUCAAGGAUGUACCAUGCCUCUGCAAGUGGUGAAAAAUACUGGGAACUUCAGGAAUGAGAGGUGGGACGGGAAAAUUCCCGUGUUUUGUGUUAGCAGUGUUUCUGGAGUGGGAUUGGAGGAUCUUACGAUGUUUAUUAGGGAUCUCCCCGCGGAACCUUCGGAUCUGGAGACUGAGACUGGAACUUGCUUGUUUCAAAUCGACGAGACUUUUAAGGUGGCGGGUCUGCCGGAUCCAGUUCUUGGAGGUCUAAUGGUCAAAGGUAGCAUCGCUCCAGGAUCUCGGCUUCUAGUCGGACCACUGCCUGACGGCGAGUUCUCGCACGUCCGCGUGGUAAGCCUGCACCGGAAUAAAGCCCCCUGCUGCCUAGUAAGAGCCUCGCAGAGCGCGAGUCUCACCCUAGAGGGCCUAGAAGACGCACUACCGCAUCUAAGGCCCGGAAUGGUUCUCGUCUCAAGCGCGGACCAUCCCCACGCUACUGUCUUCUUCCAGGCGACAGUUUUCGUGGUUUACCACGCAAAAGGGAUUUUCCCGGGUUUUCAAGCGACAGUGCACGUCGGCAACGUCCGACAAACUUGUGUAAUGGAGGGAAUCAUGGACGUGAAAGAAGACGGGCUCCAGACAAAUGACACCGCAUCGGUCCUGUUCCGGUUCGUGAGUCACCCGGAGUACCUCCACGUCGGGAUGCGGCUUCUCUUCCGCGAGGGCAAGACCAAGGGGAUCGGUAAAAUCACUCAGGUAUUUCCGCUCAUUGGAUCUCAGAAUCGACCUUAAGUUUUUUUCGUUUUUUUUUUUUUUUCAAAUUAUUUAAAAAUAAUUAUUAAUAUAAUUAAUAAAGAUAUAUUACAAGACAAGUAGUAUUUAUUGUGAGAAAAUAUUUAUCGUAAUUGCUCAAUAAUUAUGACGAAUAUUUUUAUAUAUCAUUACUGUCUAUCAAGUGUUAAGGCCAUUGUAAAUAGACUAGCUCUAAGAUUACAAUAAAAAAAAAAAUUAUUCAGAA